CGCGCAGAACCUACGCAGCGAGACGCGAGACGACACGCGUUCCGGUGGAUUAUCAUAAAGCAAAAGGUAUAACUCCACCGGUUCACUGAUAUUGGACCAAUCAUUCUCCAACUCUGGGCUUUAUUCGCAGGAAAGCGUCGUGCGCAUUGGGGUGUGUGUGUGUGUCGUCUAGCUCCCCCUCAGCGUGUUGCCCUCAGGUGGAAUGCGGGUAGGGGGUCUUACCCGAGGUUCAGGUCUGGACAUGCGCCAGGAUAGACGCCUAUCUAUAGCCUGUGUUUUCCUAAACACCGUCUCCCCCCCCGGAAUGUGAGCGUCAUCACCGUCCUCGUACCAGGAUCUGAGGACCAGGAUUCUGUCCAUCCUACAGUUGAGGAAACGUUUGCAUAUCCUGCUGAUGUUAUUAUGGGCAAACACUGACUGCGACCAACCGGUUUUUUGUCGCUAUCCGUUUUUACAGGCUUCCUAAACUUCAAUCUCGUGUAUAGCGAUCUUUUCGAAGUAUAAUUUUAUAUAGGAGGAAGAGGAACAAUACAAGCUUUUUUAAGGAACUUGUUUUGCGCAUGGGUAAAGCUUAUUCAAUGUGUCUCAUGUGAGGUACGAAAUAGGCAUUUAUAAUUUAAUAAUAUUUGUUUGCCGUAGACUACCCUUAUUAGUACUUCCAACAAGUAUAAUAUAGAGACCAAUUAUUGUUGUUGUUGUAUAAUAGACCGUUUAUAUUGAACCUAUACAAGCUGCAGGUUCUUCCGUUUAAUAGCCUACCAGUGGCCUUUGGUGCAAGUUUUCUAUUGGCUGUUCUUAAAUAUUCUAUUUCUCAACUAUGUCUCUAAACUUACACUAUUAGUUGAAUUUCAAGAUAAUUAUUAGCAUAAUUACCUUCUUAAGCAGAAUAAUUGGUUUAUAAAGCCUUCUGGAGAUCGUCCUGUCUCUUUUGGGAAUACCUGUGCACUUUUGGAGAGGUCCCGAAUAAAACCCUAACUCGGUCCCUGCUAGUUUGGAAUCAUUAUUUUUUACUGUUUUUUUUGCGGUUAUUUCCGCCCAGUUUUUACUGAAGGGGUAUAAAGAUGCAUUUUUCAAAUGAAUACUUUAUUUUGUUUGUCAUAUAUAGAAGCUGCAGGGCAUGGCAACCUCUCAAUACGCACCAGAAAUUCUCUGGAAGUUUGGUUACGCGCUAACUGACAAUCGCUCUUGUGUUUCAACUGUAUGGCUGGUGGAUGGGUCAGAAUAUGUUGAGCUGUUAGACGGGGGGAUUGUCUAUUUGAUGAAGGGGAUAAAAUAAUUAAAAUAAUUAAUAUUUCAUUUAAAACUGACAUCUAAAAUUUGGGGUCAAUUUUGGAACCAAAAUGGAUAUAUUUGGGCAUCUGGGGGCCUAACAGCCCUGUAGAAGUGGUUUAAUCCAAUAUGGACACCCCUACACAUUCAACAUACAUGGAAGUGUCCUUCAUUGCAGGGAUUGCUGGGAAGAAGAAGGAGGAAUUCGAAAAUAGGACUUUGGAGAGGCAGACAUCAGGAAAGAAACUCCCGAAAGCUCCAGUCCAUCCCAUCCCAACGAGAAACCGCCACACCCUGACUCCGCCCCUCCUUUCAACCACCACACCCUGACUCCGCCCCCACCCUGACUCCGCCCCCUCCCUCCACCCACCAGCCACCAUGUCGGAGGAAAUCCUGGAGGACCGCGCCAAGCUGAAGCAGGGGCUGAUCAAGGUGCUGGAGUGCGUGGCGUGCAUCUCGUCGGCCGCCGCCGUGGUCAACCCCAUCUUCGGCGUGGCGGGCUCGCUGAUCCGCGUGGUCCUCCACCAGGUGGACGACGAGGACAUCCGCACGCUGAAGCGCGAGUUCGGCACCGUCAACCGGUCCCUGGACGCAAUCACCCAGCAGAACCGCGACACGCUGCUGCGCAUCAAGAAGGAGACGCUCGACGGCCAGUACGGCGGCGUGGAGGAGAACCUCCGCCACCAAUUCCGCCUCUACAUGAAGUUCGUGGAAGCGCCCGCGGGCGCUCGCCAGCGACGCAAGGACGACUUCGAGGAGGGCUACGGCAACGACCUGGGCGACCAGAACCUGCACACGCUGUACGAGGGCGUGGUGGGCCAGACCAAGCUGUUCAGCCGGCCCGUGCUGGAGGUGUACCUGCACUGCUCGGACUACGACCGCGCCACCAUGGAGAAGCUGUGCACGCGGCUCACCUACCUGUUCUGCAUCGGCCUCAUCGCCCUCAUGGGCUACGCUGCCGUCAUCGGCGACGACGAGGAGUCCCUGGGCGAGGAGUGGGCCGAGAACAUGAAGCACGUGCAGCAGAAGAUGCAGGAAGCGCUCGGCAAGUGCAAGUGAGGAGGAGGAGGAGGAGGCGGUCCUCUCGUCUCGUCGUCUGGGAUUUUCCCCUGCUAGGAACUGUGCUUGGCUUCUACCUGUCCCGGUCUCUCUCUCUCUCUCUCUCUCUCUCUCUCUCUCUCUCUCUCUCUCUCUCUCUCUCUCUCUCUCUCUCUGCGCUUCUCUCGGUCCCCUGCGGUUGUCCUCUCCUGCGCGAGCAGGAUGUCAAGCUGAGGUGGUCUCCGUGGAGACGUGAAGGCGUGCUGGGGCCUCCUCUCUCUAUCCGCUGGUCUGCUUCUCUAUAUUCUAGGAGGGGGGGGGGGGGGGGGGUGGUCGGAGAUGUGGACUACGUAGCUUCUCUUCAACUGCAUCAUGUAUACUCUGGCUUUCUUUACCCCUGACUUGAACGAAGCGGGGUUUAGCGCCCUCAGGUGGUGGUUGAGUGUAGGACGUCGCUUUGACCAAACAAUGCAUAACCCGAAAUCGCAAAGGAAAAGAUAUAUUCCUAAACUUAUUCAGCCAGUUCACGGCAGCACUUCGACAAUUUUCCGUCCAUAGAUAUAUGAUACUUUAUAUACACGUGUAACUGCAGAGGUCCAACGUUUAAAUAUCCUCGUCUUUUUCCAACCGCUUUUAUUUUUUUGUCUUUUUUUUAUUGUUGAACACAAAGGAUUGGGUCAAUAAAGAACACGUUUGUUACUGGUUUAUAUUUGAGACAGCUACAAUUCAACACAUGCCAAAUGAUUGGAUUCAAAUCGAUUUUUUUUAAAUACAUAAAGUUAUAUACACAUACAAGUUAAAUAAAGUGCAUUAGCUGUUGACAUAGUUACAACGCUAUUAGGAUGGGGGAAUAAGUUACGAACCUCUUUGUUUUGUUGAAAAUGCCAUGUUGGUGAAUAUUCAUUAUUAUAUUUUUUAUGAUAUUUGUUGCACUUGUUGUACGCAGCACCCUGAAUAAACAGUAUAACACAACAGACUGGAUGACUUUUUGAAGUUGGUUUUCCAUUUUCUUCAGAGAUUUGAGAUUAUUGAAGAAAUGGCGCCACCAUGUGUUACCUAAGCGUCUCGUUCUAGGACUUCUAGGAAUGUCGCCUGGCCACGUCCCCUGGGACCACUAUAAUUAUAGACAGAGUUUGAUCAACCGUUACAUCUUACGCCAUAUCUCGUUUCGAUCUACUAGUGUUAUAAAUAUCUAUUUCUGGAUUUAUUUUUAAGGCCUAUGACCCAUUUUGAUUCAAUAUUUACCAAACCAAAAAGCCAAUCCAAACGCCGUAUCAAUCACCUGCGUUCAGUUUUCUGUCUUCACAUCACUAGUAAUAGUAGCUAAACUUGCUUUCCCUGAUGGGAUUUUUUGGGAGUUUGAAUUACAAGUAUGCCUAAGCCUG